AUGCUCUCCAUACGCACUCUCGCCCGCACAGUGCCUCGCACUUUCUCGCGAUCAAUCGCUUCCUCCCGAUCUGCCAUCCUCCGCCCAGUCGCGAACCUCCCCAAGACGAGCUUCAUCCAACCCUCCCUGAAGCAAGCCAUUAGACCCUCACAAGCCGCUUUUUCAACAUGUAGGGUGUUCAGACAAGCUGAAGGUGAUGCCGAGCUUUCCGCUAAACUUGAGGAUGAACUGAAGCACGAGAAAUCCUCGGGUCUCGAGGACUUGGAAUCUUCCGUCCAGAACAUUCAGUAUGUUCUUCAGAACAACUCUUGGGAGGUCAAAGAUGUCCCUGGAGAACAGGAAAUUGUUCUAACGAAGAAGUUCAACAAUGAAGAGAUCCGCCUUACGUUUACCGUUGCGGACCUUCAGAACUUGAGCGAACACGAUGACUUGGACGGCCUUACCGAUGGAAUGGAUUUCGAAGGCCACCAGCCCGCCAACCAGGGUGCUAGCGGAAACUUCGCUCAACACCCUGAGGACAGUAUCGCCCCUGCCGACCGUGAGGAGCAGGACCUGGAACCUAGCUUCCCUGCGCGCGUAAACGUCACCAUCGAGAAGCCUGGAAACGGUGCCCUCCUUAUUCAGACCCUUGCUCAGGACGGCUUGUUCCAGGUUGAGGAAGUCUCCUUCUUCUCAAAGCCCGACUUGGCCCACGCUAUCACCGCCGAGAAGGACUGGGCUAGGCAGAGUCUCUACGCCGGUCCUCCUUUCGAGAACCUAGACGAGGACCUGCAGACCUACCUUGAGCGCUACCUUGAGGAGCGCGGCAUCAACGCCGAGCUUGCCAACAUGAUUCCUGACUACAUCCAGGUCAAGGAGCAGAAGGAAUACGUCCGCUGGCUCGAGAACGUCCGUAACUUCGUUUCUGCCUAA